AUGGACAGCUAUUCUAAACCCUGCACGUCCAGCGAGGACAGUUUUGAGCUGCAAAGCAGCCCAGGGUCGGACGUUAAAAGCUUUGCUCAAAGCAUAAAGAAGGAGGAAGGCUACCAGUCCCGUCGAUUAAAACACAGCCAGAAAAGGGGCGAGAAAACCCAUCAUCUAGAGCAUGCUUUGCUCUACCCAGACAAAGCGUGGAACACCGGCCAGACGCUGCUGCGGCAACAGGCAGCACCGAACCGAAGCAGUUCAUCCACGUCGGACCUCAGCGUGGUAAGUCAAGGGUCCUCGAGUUCCUUGUCGGUCGUGGAAGAGAAAAUUGAAGCCAAACUCAAGUUCUCUCAGUUCCUCAAUGAAGUGACUUUCCGAGUGCUGGACCCCGUGAGCCUGCAGGCCUUCCAAGCCGCCAAGCUGAAAAGUAGCCUCAGCUCUGGCGGGAGAAGCCUCGAGGAUUUGCGGGUGAAGAAGAAAGGCCGCGAGAGCUGGCAAAUGAACGCUCCGGGCCGAAAACCGAGUCAAGAAGCGGACCUCGAGAGCCUGAGAAGCGACGACACGGCGGCCAGCGCACGGCUGCGCAAGCUUGAGAAAUCGCUGUCUUUGGACACCAGCCCCUCGCUUGGGCAACAUGGUAAUGAAAUUUUGUGUCGAGUAAGACCAAUCCUACCAGGAGAGACCUUUGUUUCGCAAAACAAUGAGACGCCUGCGAGAAAAUCUGCCUCUUUGCCUCGAAGUACUAGCACGGCCUCUGCGGCAGAGAUGGAGAAAAUCAGGGUACGAAAUUCCUGGGUGCCAACCUGCCUAUGGCAACCUAGAAUACUCCAGGGCAGGCUCGCAAAAUCUUCGCCUACCCUCUGGGACAGCACGCUGCAAGAACAGAAGGGGGAACUGCGCAAGCGUCUCUCCUACACAGCCCACAAACUGGAAAUGCUUGAAACUGAAUUUGAUUCUACACGCCAGUAUCUUGAAGUAGAACUGAGACGCGCUCAGGAAGAACUUGAAAAAGUGACAGAAAAACUGAGACGGAUACAAAACAAUUACCUAGCCUUACAAAGAAUUAAUCAAGAUCUCGAAGACAAACUGUACAGGAUGGGUCAACAUUACGAAGAGGAAAAAAGAGCUUUAAGCCAUGAAAUAAUGGCCCUCAAUAACCACUUAAUAGAAGCCAAGGUGACAAUUGAUAAAUUGUCCGAAGAUAAUGAGCUCUAUAGAAAGGAUUGCAAUUUAGCUGCUCAGCUGCUCCAGUGUAGCAAGAAUUACGACAGGGCGCAUAAGCUUUCCGAGCUACCAUCUGAAUUUCAGGAACGUGUGAGCAUCCACCUGGAGAAGCACGGGUGCAGCCUUUCAGUACCUCUGUGUCACACAUCAUUUGCGGACAACAUCCCAACUUGCGUCAUCGCUAAAGUGCUAGAAAAGCCUGACCCCAACAGCCUGUCGUCACGCUUGUCGAGCCCAUCUGCUAGAGACCUGGCCUUCCAAGACUCAGUGGGAAAGCUUGGCCCGAGGCCUCAGUAUAAGUCGGACAUCUACUGCAGCGAUACAGCCCUCUACUGCCCCGACGAGAGGAGAAGGGAAAGGAGACAGAGUGUCGAUAUGCAGGUUAAAGACGUUGGCUUUUUGAGGUCCCAGAAUUCCACGGACAGCACUGUGGAAGAAGACGGCUUCCAUUCCAGCUUCUCUCAUGAAGCUUUCCCAGAAUAUGUUACCUCUUUACCUACAUCUAGCUCUUACUCCAGCUUCAGCGUAACGUCGGAGGAGAAGGAGAAUGCCCAGGCUAGCACUCUGACGGCCUCCCAGCAGGCGAUUUAUAUGAGCAGCCGUGACGAGAUGUUUGAAAGAAAGCCAUCUUCAGGUUAUGACCACCAGGGGAGUCCGCGGUUUGCCAAGUCAAAAUCCAUUCAGCACAUGGAGCUGGCGGACGACAACGAGGACUCCCCAACCUUCACCAGGACUAUGUCGCCUUACUCAAGUGAGCCUUAUCAUUUCUCGGCCAUAACAACUCAGCAAGCUUUAUCGUCUCAGAAAAUGCGUAGCGAGUGCAGGAACACCCACCUGUCCGAAGAGGACCUGCCAGGACGGUGGAGGCAGCUGAGCGCUGAGGAUAUCGGGGCGUAUUCGUACAGAAACAGUGGCAGGCUUUCGCCCUGCAGCUUUUCAGAGCAGUAUUAUAGGAGCCCAAUAAAGAAAGCAGACAGCCGGUCAAGUCCCAUUUAUGCCAGUUACAAAGCGGAUAGCUUCUCGGAAGGAGACGAUCUGUGUCAAAGCAGGCUUGUUGACUCUUGCUUCCUGAGAACAGACGGUGGCUUGAAUAUUGACAUCAGUGCUAGUUGUAAACAGGACAAGCUGGCCUCGUACAAAACAAAAGAAUUGAGAGACAAAAAAAAUGAAAGAAUCACAGUCCAGGUGUGCAGUAGCAAAAGUAUUGAAGGUAGCCCGGUGUUGAAAAGAGAGUAUGUUGAUGUUAGCCCAAACAGUUCAGCCGAGUCCCUCAACCAGAGUUCUAUGGAGGCAUCAGAGAUCCAUCAGUCUUCCAUUGAUCAAGGAAGCCAUUCAAGCCUUCAUAGCAAACAGCAGCAAUUCCAACGGACUGGAAGUACCGGCUUGAGCCGGAAGGACAGUCUCACAAAAGCACAACUGUAUGGGACUCUCCUAAAUUAAACAUCUUCCAAAGCUGCAAUAAGGAGACAGACCACAAUGACGAUGACAAAGAUGACCUUUGAUACUUCUAGUGUACGGUAGGCUGAGAAAAGCAGAGUUAUUAUACAAUAUAUAUUCAUAUUCACAAUGGUACUGUUUUAAAGGGGAGGGGGGGAAAUCCCCCAAUUAUGAUGAAAAACAUUACUCAGCACUUUUCACACAAUGACUUUUCCAUCUUGGAUACCAACCCUGAGCCCACUUUUAUACCCUGAUAUAUUUUUAUAAACAAAAUGGUAUUUAUUAGACUGUCCUUAGUACUCUCAAGCGCUUUGAGUGACAUUUUUUGUCCCCUUCAAGUAGGUUUCUUAUUUAUUUUUUGUGCAUGAGGCCACCUGUGCCUAAUCUCUUGGAGGAAAAGGGUAAGAAAGAGAGAGAGAGAGAGAGAGAAACCCCCUUAUCACAAUGACAAAUCAAACCCCUGUAAGAUUCUUUUAAAAUGUGGAUGGUGUGCGGUGCAAGAAUGGUGAUGUUAUUUUAAAAAUAAAUCUAUUUUUAAAUUAAAUGGAACUGAAAUGACCCACUAAGUUAUUUAAUACAGAUGUAUUUAGGAGGGGGGGAAAUUUAAAAGAAUGCACAUACGGAUAUUUUGGUUUGUCUGUCCCGCUGUGUUUCUACUCUGCCCCUGUACACUACCUCAACAUUAAUUGAGGGUUUGUCACCUAUUUUUCUGUAGGCUUGCAUUUAUAUUGUCUCAGAUGCAUGGAGUGUCAUAAUUAGUACUGUAUUUUGCAUUACUUAAUAAAAGACACCAGUGAAAAUGU